GUUCCAUUGAAUCCCAUGGCUGUCUCGUUGCCUUUCUCUCCGAUCAGCCACUGGCUCUCGGUCCCUCCGUCUCGUCGGAGCUACGGUUACGACGAACCGCCGGCGAAGACGCGGUUCUCUCCGGCGAGCUCGUUGCCUCCUUGCGUCCUUGGUGCGAGCUUCGCGACGGUGUCGGCCGCUGGUUGGCGCGUCCGCCACCACCUGAUCUUCACCACGGCGGCGGGGGUCGCGAUGGAUCCGGUGUUACAGGACGUCGGAGCUACGGCGGCGAUUCUCGGCGGCGCGUAUUCUCUCGUCUUCGCCUUCAAGAAUCUCACGAAGCGAGAUUUGAUUCCGCAGAGUUUGAGCAGAAAGCUUGUGCAUAUACUAUCAGGGCUGCUUUUCGCCCUUUCCUGGCCGAUCUUCAGCGCAUCAACAGAGGCCCGAUACUUUGCUGCUUUGGUUCCUCUAGUGAAUUGCCUGAGGCUUCUUGUCAACGGUUUAUCUGUAUCUCCCGAUGCCUCGCUUAUCCAAUCUGUAACCAGAGAAGGGAAAGCAGAAGAGCUGCUUAAAGGUCCUUUGUAUUACGUUAUCGUAUUGAUCAUCACUGUGCUCAUGUUCUGGAGGGAUUCUCCUAUCGGUAUGAUCACAUUGGCAAUGAUGUGCGGCGGCGACGGAAUAGCUGACAUCAUGGGAAGAAGGUUCGGUUCCCAGAAGAUUCCUUACAACCCAAGAAAGAGCUGGGUAGGAAGCGUCUCCAUGUUCAUCGUUGGCUUCACCAUCUCCACGGGAGUACUCUACUAUUACUCGAAACUCGGAUACCUGAACUUGAAUUGGGAUACGGCCCUUCAAAGAGUGGCGUUGGUUUCGUUGGUGGCGACGAUUGUCGAAUCGCUUCCUAUCACCGAUCGUUUAGACGACAAUCUAUCGGUUCCGAUGGCAAGCAUUGUAGCUGCGUACGUAAGUUUUGGGUAUUAAACAUAUGAUGCUUAUUAUUGUACCUUCAUGUCUUGUUUCCCACGGCACUGUCUUGAUCCUUUGUAUGUAGUAAUUGUAAUGGCGACAUCUUUUAUCCAACAUGUAAUGAUGCUGAGACUGGGUCUUGGUUUCUCGUACGGACAAGUAUGGGUUCGUUGUACCGUACUGAACUGUACUGGUCUGGUGCUGAGAAAAUUGUUUAGGGUUUUAUUAUUUUA